UUUACACUCAUAGUCUGGACUGAAACACUAAUGGAGUUGAGAGAUGCUGGUCGUCUGCUUGUGGGUCUCAUCUUUUACAUUUCAGGUGUUAAUGGAGGAGAAACCAGGAUCUGUGCUUUCAAAGGUUCAUCAGUGGAUCUGCACUGCUCACAUCAACAUCUGACUCCAAGCAGAAAAUGGUUCACUAUAGGCUGGGAUGGAUAUAAGUAUGUUCAGAGUGAGCUCUCUGUGGAUGGACAACGUGUAAUGUACAACAUGUCUGAAGAGAAAAACCCAACUUUAACCAUCAAUGAUCUAAGAGAGAGUGAUGCAAACACUUACUGCUGUAUGAAGACUACAGACAGACCACAACACUGCUGGCUCAACAGCAUUACUCUUCAAGUUGUUGCAGAGCUGCAGGUAAAGGUGAUUCCUGCCACAGAGGGACAGACAGUAACACUGAUGUGCAGCAGCAGCUGUCCUCUGACUGAAAAGCCUGCAGCCUACAUCUGGUACAAGAACAGAGAGUUUCUCUAUGAGGACUGGUCUCCCUGGUACCAAGAGCUGCUCAGCAGUGAGGAAGCAGUCACAUACUCCUGUGCUGUCAAAGGCUACGAGGAUCUCAGAGCCCCUGAAGUCUCCGUGGAUUCCAUCACACAGACAUGCUUCAGUGUGAUUUAUGCUUAUGGAAACAUUUGUUCUUAUAAUCAGACAUCAGUGGAUGAGCCGUGCACUAUCACAUACCCCAGAGAGGUUUAUGUUCAAAGAGCUUCUUCCACCUCGGGAUUUGUCACACUGACCUGUAACACCAGCUGUAAUCUGACUGACCAUCAAGCUGCCUACAUGUGGUAUCACAACAAAAUAAACUAUUAUGAGAAUCAAAAUUUUUCAACACAUAACUCUUCAACAGACACAGUGUCUUGUGCAUUUAAAAGUCACACACAUCUUCAAUCUAAGAAAGUUUGUGUUCAGGAUAAAAACUGCUGGAGAGUGAAUUAUGUCAGCAGGAGAAUCUGUGCUCUGGAAGGAUCUUCAGUGAACAUCACAAGUGAAUACUCACAUCCUGAUAACAUGAAGCCAGAGUUUAAAUGUUGGAGUAAAAAAUGGAGAAAAGAUAAAGUUGAAGUUGAAGAGCUGAUUGAGGCUGCAGGUCGUGUGGAGUAUCAGGACAACAUGAAGAACCAACACAUCCUGACCAUCAACAACCUGAAGAAGAAUGACUCAGGAGGAUACACAUUCAGAUCCAACAAAGAUCAUGAAGGAUGGACACAGUCUGAUCUGCCUGGAGUCUUUUUGAUUGUUACAGAGCUGAGAGUGAAGAUGAGUCCUUCUGCAGUGGUGACAGAGGGUCAGAGAGUCACACUGACCUGCAGUACCAGCUGUCCUCUGACUGACAACACAAACUACAUUUGGUACUUGAACAGUCGACCUCUGACCCCGAGAGAGAACCAAACCAAACAUCUGAUCCUAGACCCAGUCAGCAGGGAGGAUGCAGGAAGCUACUCCUGUGCUGUGAAAACCAACAAAGAUAUCAGCUCUGCUCCAAAGACUCUCACUGUCCAAAGUAUCACAGGAAUGUGGAUAAUUGGAAUUUCUGUAAUAAUUCUAGUUUCAAUACUUCUCUUUUUCUUCUUUUUGAUUAGAAAAAAGAGGACUACAAGUCAGUCUUCCACAAACAAAACAUCAAACAAUGUAGUGGAGCUAAAUCCUGAUCCUGUGUGUGAAGACAUCUUAGCUCAACUAAAGGUGGAGGAUGAAGUCCUCUACAGCAAAGUCUACUUCUUCAAAAGUCACACAGAUCCUCUCUUUUCCACCAUAGAGGCACUUCAGCCCGGAGAAGAGCAGCAUGCUGAUUACACUGUGGUGAAGUUUAGACAUAAAACAAGCUCUGAUGGAGAAUCUGUUGUUAAUCUAACAGAAAUAGAGACUCCACAUGGCGUUGAACAAGCUUUUUAACACACCUCUGCAACUCUCAUGUAAAAUUUUUUGCAUCACUCUUAAAUCUUCAUUUCACGUUACCUUUUUGCUGUAUUCGACACAAUUAGAUUAGGCAGUUCGAUGGGCUUCACAUGUUACUCAUAUGAAUGGAAUAAUUCAUGGUCAUGUAAAUAUUAUGCUCAUGUAGUUUUAUUUUUAUUCUAUUUUAGCAGGUCAUGUGCCUUUUGUCUCCCUUUUCUAACCGUGAGAGCAAUUACACACAAAGAAAGGUUAUUCAAUAUAACUCCUAGAACGAAGCGAUACAACAACUGCAAUAUUUGCUGUGGGGAUGACCCUCAUGUGUGUGUAUAUAUAUAUAUAUGCGCUGUUAUAGCAGAAGACACUGAAAUGUGGGAGUGUCACUGCAUUAUAGCCUUGAAUUUGUCACAGUGCAGAAUAUUUAAGUCCAAUUUGUUUUGCUUGUUUUUAUUCCUAGAAGUAUUUUAAACAUGUCUGUACAGUUUUACUUUUGCUUAUUUUAGAUCUUCUAUUUUUAAUGUGAAGCGUUUUAAAUUUU